AUACCUUCUUGAAACGAAGGAUUUUCCUACCUGCUCAUACUUGGUGACUGGGGGAUUACUAAGACUACCUUCUCGCUCAUUUCUGAGUAUUGUCUGAGCUGUUCCUGACACUAUGAAUGCUACUUGGAUGCUUCUUAAGUCUGUUCUCUGGGGAGGCGGUAAGGGGCUGUGGAGCUGGCCUCGGCACCGGGAGAGGCUGGACUUCCUGUCUCUCUGUGCUGAAUGGCUGCGAUGGCGCCCGCUCUCACUGACGCAGCAGCUGAAGCACACCAUAUCCGGUUCAAACUGGCUCCCCCAUCCUCCACUUUGUCCCCUGGCAGUGCCGAAAAUAACGGCAACGCCAACAUCCUUAUUGCUGCCAACGGAACCAAAAGAAAAGCCAUUGCUGCAGAGGACCCCAGUCUAGACUUCCGAAAUAAUCCUAACAAGGAAGACUUGGGAAAGCUGCAACCACUGGUGGCAUCUUAUCUUUGCUCAGAUGUAACAUCUGUUCCCUCAAAGGAAUCGUUGAAAUUGCAGGGUGUCUUCAGCAAGCAGACAGUACUUAAAUCUCAUCCGCUCUUAUCUCAGUCCUAUGAACUCCGAGCUGAGCUGUUGGGGAGACAGCCAGUUUUGGAGUUUUCCUUAGAAAAUCUUAGAACCAUGAAUACAAGUGGUCAGACAGCUCUGCCACAAGCACCUGUAAAUGGGUUGGCGAAGAAAUUGACUAAAAGUUCAACACAUUCUGAUCACGACAAUUCCAGUCCCCUUAAUGGGGGAAAACGAGCUCUCACGUCAUCUUCUCUUCAGGGGGGUGAAGUGGUGGCAUCUGAAUCUGGGGACUUGAAAGGGGGUAUGACCAAUUGCACUCUUCCACAUAGAAGCCUUGAUGUAGAACACACAACGAUAUUUAGCAAUAAUAGCACUGCAAACAAAUCUUCUGUAAAUUCCAUGGAACAGCCGCCCGCACUUCAAGGAAGCAGUAGGUUAUCACCUGACACAGACUCCAGUUCUAACUUGGGGGGUGUCAAGUUAGAGGGUAAAAAGUCUCCCCUGUCUUCCAUUCUUUUCAGUGCUUUAGAUUCCGACACAAGAAUAACAGCUUUACUACGGCGGCAGGCUGAUAUCGAGAGCCGUGCCCGCAGGUUACAGAAGCGCUUACAGGUUGUGCAAGCCAAGCAGGUGGAGAGGCAUAUACAGCAUCAGCUGGGUGGAUUUUUAGAGAAAACUUUGAGCAAACUGCCAAACUUGGAAUCCUUGAGACCCCGGAGCCAGUUGAUGCUAACUCGAAAGGCUGAAGCUGCAUUGAGAAAAGCUGCCAGUGAGACCGCCACUUCAGAGGGACUUAGCAACUUCCUGAAAAGUGAUUCGAUUUCAGAAGAAUUGGACAGAUUUACAGCCAGUGGUAUAGCCAACUUGAGGUGCAGUGAACGAGCAUUUGAUUCAGACGUCACUGACAGUAGUUCAGGGGGAGAGUCUGAUAUUGAAGAGGAGGAACUGACCAGAGCUGAUCCUGAGCAGCGCCACUUACCCCUGAGGCGCAGGUCAGAAUGGAGAUGGGCUGCAGACCGAGCAGCUAUUGUCAGCCGUUGGAACUGGCUUCAGGCUCAUGUUUCUGACUUGGAAUAUCGAAUUCGGCAGCAAACAGAUAUUUACAAACAGAUACGUGCUAAUAAGGGGUUGAUAGUUCUUGGAGAGGCGCCUCCCCCAGAGCACACAACAGACUUAUUUCUUCCACUUAGUUCUGAGGUGAAGACAGAUCAUGGGAAUGAUAAAUUGAUUGAGUCUGUUUCUCAGCCACUGGAAAACCAUGGUGCCUCUGGUCAUCCUUCAGAGUCAUUGUCUACUAAAUCAUGUGGAGCAUUGAGACCUGUCAAUGGAGUUAUUAAUACUCUUCAGCCUGUUUUGGCAGACCACAUUCCAGGUGACAACUCUGAUGCUGAGGAACAAUUGCAUAAAAAGCAAAGACUGAAUCUAGUUUCUUCAUCAACUGAUGGCACCUGUGUGGCAGCCCGAACACGUCCUGUGCUGAGCUGUAAGAAACGGAGGCUUGUUCGACCCAACAGCAUCGUGCCUCUUUCCAAGAAGGUUCACCGGAACAGCACAGUGCGCUCUGGCUGUGAUGUGAACCCCUCCUGUGCACUGUGCGGCUCAGGCAGUGCCAGCACCACGCCUCCAGAAAUCCACUAUGAAGCCCCUCUGUUGGAACGCCUUUCCCAGUUGGAUUCUUGUGUUCACCCGGUUCUAGCAUUUCCAGAUGAUAUGCCCAGAACACCUGCCUGGCAUCUCCUGUUGCAUCAUUCAGCAUCUCUACUAGGAGAUGUUCCUACAAGCCUGCACUUCCAGAGCAUGCUGAAAUCUCAAUGGCAGAACAAACCUUUUGACAAAAUAAAACCUCCAAAAAAGUUUUCACUUAAGCACAGAGCACCCAUGCCAGGCAGUCUCCCUGAUCCAACUCGUAAAGACAGGCACAAGUUGGUCAACUCCUUCCUGACAACAGCCAAGCUGUCCCAUCACCAAACCCGGCCUGACAGGACCCACAGGCAGCACUUAGACGAUGUGGGGGCCGUGCCUAUGGUGGAGCGAGUGACAGCGCCCAAAGCAGAGCGCUCGCUCAACCCGCCGCCACCCGUGCAUGACCCAAACCACAGCAAAAUGAGAUUGCGAGACCAUUCAUCCGAGAGAAGUGAAGUGUUGAAGCAUCACACGGACCUGAGCAGUUCGAGCUACUUGGCGGCCACCCACCACCCACCACACAGUCCCUUGGUGCGACAGCUCUCCGCGUCAUCAGACACCUCUGCACCUACCAGCUCUAGUCCACAGGUUACAGCCAGCACGUCUCAGCCAGUGAGGAGGAGAAGGGGAGAGAGCUCCUUCGAUAUCAACAACAUUGUCAUCCCAAUGUCAGUCGCUGCAACCACCCGUGUGGAGAAGCUGCAGUACAAGGAGAUCCUUACUCCCAGCUGGCGGGAGGUUGAUCUUCAGUCUCUGAAGGGGAAUCCUGACGAGGAGAAUGAGGAGAUCGAGGACCUGUCUGACGCAGCCUUCGCCGCCCUGCACGCCAAAUGUGAGGAGAUGGAGAGGGCUCGGUGGCUGUGGACCACGAGUGUGCCGCCUCAGCGGCGGGGCAGCAGGUCUUACAGGUCAUCAGAUGGCCGGACAACGCCCCAGCUGGGCAGUGCCAACCCCUCCACCCCUCAACCCGCCUCCCCUGAUGUCAGCAGUAGCCACUCUUUGUCCGAGUUCUCUCACGGGCAGUCCCCCAGGAGCCCCAUUAGCCCAGAACUGCACUCAGCCCCCCUCACUCCUGUGGCACGGGACACCCUCCGACACCUGGCCAGCGAAGACACCCGUUGUUCCACACCAGAGCUGGGGCUCGACGAACAGUCUGUCCAGCCAUGGGAGCGGCGAACCUUCCCCCUGGCGUAUAGUCCCCAGGCAGAGAGUGAGGACCAACUGGAUGCGCAGGAACGGGCGUCCCGCUGCACUCGGCGCACCUCAGGCAGCAAGACUGGCCGGGAGACAGAGGUGGCACCCACCUCGCCUCCCAUCAUUCCCCUCAAGAGUCGGCAUCUGGCGGCAACAGUCACAGCUCAGCGUCCAACUCACAGAUGAGUGGGAUAUGAGAAUCUAAAUAGACUCACUAUUGGCAUUAAAGCUUCAGAAAUCUCUGCGUUUGAUAUUCAAACAUCAUAUGCCGAAAAUUUUCACAGUUUUUAGUGAAUUUAAGGAAUUUAGAUUCUA